AUGGAUUGGAGGCUCUUGGAUUAUGCCAAAGAGGCUGAGGACACGGCUUCUGGCCUGCAAAUCUUCCUGGAUGAGACACCUCAGUACGCCAGAGACAUAACCGGAGACAUUGCGGAACUUUUUGCCAUUAGCAAUGCUCUCCACGUCCUACAUGAGGGCUUGGAGCUGUCCCGCUAUGGAAGAAAGGCAGGUCGAAUUUUGCGCGAUCUCGAGAUCGCCCUUCCGAGCUUAGGGCACACUCUCGAUGAUGUCCGCGACAUGUUCAGCAAGACCAGAAGGAACGGUCGACAGCAUCCGGGGGCAUUUCCAGGUACUCCGCCGUACAAUCUCAUCUGGGAAGACGCUUGUGCCGAACUCAAGAGCCAAGGCAUAGCCUUGCCAGUGCGUCUUGAAUUAUAUCGAACCUAUCUCCAAGCAAUGUUCGAUAUUUUGAAAGGCGAGCCAGUAGAUGACGACAUUGACCGCAUCCGACACCGAUUAACAAGACUGCUAAACAAACAAGAGCCUAUAGAGUCUUACUUUGACAGACUAUCUGUUGAUCCUCAUGGCCCGCGAACACCAAGACCCCAUUCCCCUGCAACUGCUCGGCCGACUAUACCACGCUUUCAAACAUAUCCCACCUACGCUCAUCCUCAUCCUCCUCCACCACCACCACCACCACCUCCACCUCCACCUCCACCACCGCUACCUCCUCGUUCCCCUAUUUAUGGAGAGAUACCUUAUAUCCCACCGCCAGUCCCCGAGAUUCCUCAUUCACCAACGUAUUCAACUACCUCAUCUCAGAACUUCUCAACCCAUUCCGAUGGUUCUGGGAAUGGCACAGCGCAUUGGGCCACCAAGAUUUUUGAUGGCAGACAUUCUUCCACGCCCUUCCAGAUCCUCGGUCAAGCGACCAAAUGUCUCGGCAGAGAUGAGCCUAAGGCCCUCGAAUUUCUUGAUGGUGAUGGGUUUCAAAAAGUACUCGAACUACCAUUUGAAGCUACCAAUGUCUGGGUCAGGCUUUAUUGGAGAGCUAGUGAUCAAAGAGCUCGUAUUCUGUUUUUGACACUGGACCCUGCUGGGCGAAAGAUGCGAUACUGCUUCCCCUUGACUGGACUAAAAGUUUUGCGGACCGAAUCUUGCCUUCAGCUUUGUCGCGUGAACAGACAAGACGGAGGGCUUGAUUUGUGGGCUAACCUGAGAUUUACUCUCUACGAAAGGAUGGUCCUCUUCUACUGCACUGUUGUUGCAAUGAAGCGCCAAGACCACGUCACAACGCCACAAGGACUGGAAGACUUCUUCGAGCCAGGCGAAAAGGAGGAAUUUGGCGGCGAAAUCCAAGACGACAACUACUUGCACGCCUUCCGCAUCUUCCGAGAUCGAGACUCUGGAGGGGUCCGGUUCGAGACAACGGCGAGACGGGGGCCUCUCAAAACGAUUCCAAUCUGGACUGCCUUUGUUACUCAAUACAUUGGUCAACGAAAUUGGAUGAAACGUGUUGGGUCGACCACGGUUCAGCUUCGGGAGUUGCACCCCUACGUAUUCUGCGAGGGCUAUACCCCUCCACGCGGUCUGUCCGGCAAGUACCAAUUGACAUUUACCACAGCAGAAGAUGCAAGGUUCUUCAUCGAGUCCUUCCACCAUAUCAAAACGCGAUAAUGAGAUACGAAACCCGGAUCACGAAGUAGUAUGAGAACGACGACCACGACUGUAACGACUACGGCCUAUGUGAGACACGGCAUGACGACUGGAUGAGGGAGGAUGGUUUGUAUUGCAAAGAUACCCCUCUCUUCAGCAC